ACUCAGCAGUGGCCACAGAACUGGAAAAGGUUCUCCAUAUAGAGACAAAAUCACCAUAGCAAUUCUUCAGCUGCAAGAGGAAGGCAAGCUGCACAUGAUGAAGGAGAAGUGGUGGAGGGGCAAUGGGUGUCCGGAGGAGGACAGCAAGGAGGCCAGUGCCCUGGGGGUUCAAAAUAUUGGUGGCAUCUUCAUUGUUCUGGCAGCCGGCUUGGUGCUCUCUGUUUUUGUGGCAGUGGGAGAGUUUUUAUACAAAUCCAAAAAAAACGCUCAAUUGGAAAAGAGGUCCUUCUGUAGCGCCAUGGUAGAGGAACUGAGGAUGUCCCUGAAGUGCCAGCGUCGGUUAAAACACAAGCCACAGGCCCCAGUUAUUGUGAAAACAGAAGAGGUCAUCAACAUGCACACAUUUAACGACAGACGGUUGCCAGGUAAAGAAACCAUGGCAUAAAGCUGGGAGGCCAAACACCCAAGCACAAACUGUCGUCUUUUUUUCCAAACAAUUUAGCGAGAAUGUUUCCUGUGGAAAUAUGCAACCUGUGCAAAAUAAAAUGAGUUACCUCAUGCCGCUGUGUCUAUGAACUAGAGACUCUGUGAUCUAAGCAGUUGCAAUGAUCAGACUUGAUUUAUAAACAUCAUGGAUCAACCGAGUUACACGGGGUUACACUGUUUAUCAUGGGUUCCUCCCUUCUUCUGAGUGAAUGUUACAUAACCAUUUUGUGGCUGGUUUCAAAUGCAGUCCGGGAAGAAAUUACAGGUUCCUUUUGAGGUUCAACUGUUGCCAGGAGAUGGAAUAUCAAUGCCCCAAGGGUAACCAGAGGAAAAAAAAAAUCAUUAAGAAUAAAAAUACUUGGAAUCAGCAAAAACUGUAGUGUUACAAGAAACAGUUAAGUCUUCUGACCACCCAGAUAAGAGGGUGAUGAUGUCACUAGCCCCCAGCUACUCAGUAUAAUGGUCAUCUGAAUAGACAAUAUGUGCUUAUAGGAUGUGAAGAAAUGUAAAGCAAAACAAAUCUGAAUUUCAUGGCAAAUGGAAUAUAAAGCAGACCUUCAUCAGUGUUUUUCUUUCUUUCCUUUUUGUUUUUUUUUGAUAGUCUGUGUCACUGAUUGAAAUACAAGUGUCAAAUUACCAAGGCAAUAAUGUUUUUUCUUAUAUUCACUGUGGCAGGAGAUUUAACAUGUAUCUCUAUCAAAUCCCUACCUAUUCCAGCCACCCUUUCCCCAACCUCACACCAAGAAUAAAAAAAGCAACAAUUGGUUCAGAGAUUCUGAAUUAAAAUGGAUGAUGUUUUGCACUCUUUGUCUUAAGCUGUAAAAGAGGGCUGAUCAUGAUAGUUCUGUGGAAGACUGAAACUUUCAUUCUAACAUUCAGACAUGUUAAUCCAAAACCUCCUUCCUGCUAUAAAUGAACUGGAUGGAGCCUGGGCAGAUCUCAGUGAAAGGAGAAAGGGGACUGGUCAUCUAAAGAGAAGUAUGUGUGGUGAACUCUGACGUGGACUGCAUUUAUCAAUACAGUCACAAUGUUAAAUGAACAAAAUUCUUGAGCAGUUUUUUUUCAAAAAAAUGUUCAGGUUUAUUUGUGGAAAUGCAAGAUUUCUAUGAAAAUAGUUUUUGUAUGGAAAUUUUUGUAAUACUUUUUAUCAACAAAAUAAGAACAUGCGUUCCUGUCAGGGGUGUGAUGUCGAGCAUGAAUGGUAGUGCGUGUGCACCACCAACGUUUGGUGAAAACUAUUUUUAUCAAGAAAAAAGGAGUCAUAGAAGAGAAAUAUUUUCAAGUUAGAUAAUAUAAAAGCUAGGUGCAUUACCACCACUGCUUCUCAUGCCACACCCCUGGUUUCCACGAGGCGGAUAACAUACUGUAAUGAACAAUUGUGUGUAAAAUGGUAAAAGACACAGACCUCUUGACAACAUUGUGAUAAAGUUGAGUGCACACAGUUUGCUGUUUGAAUCCAAUGCACAAAAUUUAAAAAAUCAUUAAAAUUAUGUCCAUUUUACUUUCA